AUGAAGUUCACUGGAUUCACCUUCUCGUUCGCUCUGGCCGGCAUGGUCUCUGCCGCCGCCAUUCCUGGCCUGCCUGGUGCUGACGGGCUAGUUGGUGGUGUCAAGGGUGCUGCAGAGGGUAUCGUUACCGGCGUUGCUGAUAGCCACCUGAAGCGACAGCUCGCAAACGUCCAGCCUAUCACCGAGGGCGUGGCGAGCUCCCUGAACGGAGGUACUGGCAUUGUUGGUAGUGCUGUUGGUACCGCUGAGAGCACCGGCCAAGGCGCUGUUGGUACUGUCGAAAGCACCAUUGCUGGUGCCGCACACGUCAAGCGCCAAUUCGCCGGUGGCGAUGCUCUUAACCUUCUGACUUAUGACGAUGGUACUGGAAAGCCAACCCUCAAGAAUGUUAACAACGUAGCCGCCCUUAAGCGCCAGCUCGAUGUUGUCCAGCCGGUCACUGAGGGCGUGGCUAGCUCUUUGAACGGUGCCACUGGCAUUGUCGGUGGUGCUGUCGGCACCGCCGAGAGCACCAGCCAAGGCGCCGUUGGCACUGCUGAAAGCACGGUGGCCGGUGUUGGGCAUGCCAAGCGCCAGCUCAAGGAGGUUCAGCCUGUUACCAAUGGUGUUGCCAGCUCGCUGAACGGUGCCACUGGCAUUGUGGGUAGUGCCGCGGGCACUGCUGAGAGCGCUAGCCAGGGUGCGGUUGGUACAGUUGAGAGUACUGUCGCCGGUGUUGGAUCUGCUGCUAAGCGCCAGCUCGGUAAUCUUCCCGCCACUGCCUCCCAGACCGGUACUGAUGUCCUUGCUGGCCUCUCCGGAAACCCCAGCGGUAUCUACGGUGCGCUCGCCAACCUCCAGAUGCUUAUCAAGGCUGGCGAGAUAUCUCCCAGCGACAUCUCCAACCUCCCCGCUGCUUUCCAGCGUAUUGUUGCCAACCUUGCUGUCGCAUAA